AGUCAUGACAGUGGGGGUCAGUGUUUGCUACUGCAGGCAGAUAGUGAAGCUCAAGCUAAGCAGCCACAUAAACAAUGUUUACAAACUACAUUAGCACUAUAUAUUAACGAUAUAAAAAUGUCCAAAACGUAAUAUAGAAUUUGAUAAGCUUUGCUGGGAACCAGCCAUGGACAUGUUUAAUAAAGUGACGGCUUUUCUGCAGCAGGCUUUGGAAACAAGAGAGCCUUCGAUAAACCUGCUGGACUCUUUUGUGGAUCACUGGAAAGCAAUAACCAACUAUUACAUUGAAACUUCAGAUGAGUCUUGUCCAGUGAAGCACACAGACAUCCCAUGGAGGCUCAGACAGAUGCUGGACAUCCUGGUGUAUGAGGAGAAACAGCAAGGAGAGGAAACAGGUCCCUGCAUGGAGUACCUGCUCCAGCACAAAAUACUAGAGACACUUUGCACACUGGGAAAAGCACAGUAUCCUCCUGGAAUGAGUCAACAAGUGAUGCUGUUUUUCUCUAAAGUCCUGAGCCAGAUCCAGAAACCUGUGCUACAUUUAAUCAAUGUCUAUCGGCCCGUACAGAAACUGAUCCAUCUGUGUGGCCUCCCUGAUUCACAGACAGAAAAAGAAGAGUCUCAGUUUCUCUUUGCUGUUUGCACUCGAGUCAAAAAAGACCCAUAUGUCCUCAACUAUAUCCUUGAGAUUACCAAAGACUCUCAGAAGAGGUCCAGUUCUACCUCUGACGAGGCUGUGGAGAAGGGCUGCAGUGAAGCCUCCCGUCCUGAGAGGGCUCCCUCUCCAUCGUCUCCCUCUACCAGUUCUGCCGCCUCCAGCUCACCUCAGGAAGCCACAGGCAUUAUCCCUGUACUCAUUCACCUGGGGAAAAGUGAGAAAAGUCGUGUUGUGCUCAGAUCCAUGGAGAGUUUGCUGCUGCUGGUCAGUUUACCACAGGAAGACACUGGACAUCUGCUGGCUGAGAGAACUCCACUGUGUCACCUACUCGCUCAGAGACUGACUGAACUUUACUGCCUCAUACCCUCAUCACUCGACCCUGCAGACAUCCACAGCUACUCCAGUGUACAGUGGAGGACUCCAUUCACACAGGACAGUACAGUGGAGAACCAGUCAUUUCCUGGCAGUGAGAACGUCCACAGAUUCUUCUACUUUUUGGACUACUGCAAUGAGCUCAUCAAAGAAGCACCAAGGGUACUUGGUGUUGAAAUGGCCAGAGCAAUUCACCUUCAGUGGCUUAAAGGAGUCAUCCAGCCUCACCUGCUUCAGAUGUCAGAGGUUGGGAUCCUGGUACACACCGCUCUGCUGUCCUGUUCUGUACGUCACAUACGUUCUCCAGUGCUCCUGGAGGAACUGGUUCAGUUUCUGUUGGGCAACGACACUCAUUGUGAACAGCGGCAGGACACACAUACACACAUUCUACGUUACCGCCUUAUUGAACACUGCAACCACAUCUCAGACGAGAUCAGUAUUACAACGUUGCAUCUCUUCGAGGAGCUUUUACAGAAGCCCAGCAGGAGCAUCUUGACCAAUCUGGUGCUACGUAAUCUUGAGACGCGCAGCUACAGGCUGUCCGGAUCAGGGGCCGCAGACGAGAGACAUGCAGUUGAGAGUGAUCUUCUGGAAGAGUCUGAGGAGCUGGAAGAGGAUCCAUUUUUCACAGACAUGUAUGAAGACAGUGGGUUCAGUGGCCAGGAGCCUCUUCUGUCUCUGCCCAGUGGCAGAGAAAGACCUAAUCCCAGUGCGCACACACAAGUCGCUGACAUUGUCAACAGCUUCUUGUGUUUAGUGCCCCAAGAGGCAAAAACAUCCCAUCUUGUUCAGGGAGCAGGAUACGACACGUAUGUUCAUGAUGCGCACAAACAGUUAAAAGAAUGUACUUCUCUUUCACGUGACUGGAACUGGUCAGAUUCUGCCAAAACCACUGAAAACAACCCAGCUACAGAAUUCUAUGAAGGGCACUUCCUACAAAUCCUGUUUGACAGGAUUGCACGCAUAUUAGAGCAGCCAUAUGAGCUAAAUCUGCAGGUGACAUCAGUUCUGUCCAGAUUAGCUGUGUUUCCUCACCCUCACCUGCAUGAGUACCUGCUGGACCCAUACAUCAGCCUGAGCCCUGGAGCACGAUCUCUUUUCUCCACUCUAGUCAGGGUGAUAGGGGAGUUAAUGCAGAGGAUCCAACACAUCCACAAUGUGACAGACAGACUGAUGAUGAUGAGGAGACAGCUGAUCGGACUGGAGGAGGAGACUAUGGUGGAUCACAUGACCCUGUUGAGAGGUGUGAUAGUUCUGGAGGAGUUCUGCAAGGAACUGGCUGCCAUAGCAUUUGUCAAACUACCCAUAGAAGAGCAAUGAAUCCAUUAUACCUAAACCAAUGACAAUACAAAGGAUCAGGACCCAACAACAGCUGUUGGAUGGCUCCAUCAGUGGGAGAAAAUAGAUUUGCACAGAACAGACUUAAGUGGCGAUAUUUGUAGAUUUGUAAGUCUUUUUUGAUGAUUAUUUUCAGGGAGCUGUCAACCUGUCUGAUGGCAGUUUAACUUUUGCCCAAGAAAAAAAUUACUUAAAAAAAAUAAGACUGGUGCUAUUGGAUUUCACAAACUCUGUCUGACGUACAAAGUUGCUUAUUCUCCACAGCUGCACGUCUUGCUGAACAAUGAUGACAAUUCACUUUAAGGGGAAGCAAUAGAAAAAAAACAUCUCUUGCACAAUAAGUUUUUACUAUAUACACUGUAUUAUAUAGUUUUAGGCCCAGUCAUUCACUCCUCUUUGAAUUUGAGUAUUUCUGGUUGGAUGUCUGCUGCACUGUGCUGCAAAUCUGCAGCUCGUGCCAGAUGGAGAAGAGCAGACGCUUUCCAUUUAUAAUUAUAGCAUUUGUUGUCAAAUUGAAUUAAAUGGUUUUUAUUUCUAUAAAAAAAAAGCAAGACAACAGUGGUGGGCAAGUAAUGUAAUCGGUGUACAGCUGAACACCGUGUAACACUGGUAAAACUGACUUCCACAGCAAGCCUAUUCUUUAAUUCCCUCGGUCAGUGUUUUUUUCAUUCAAAUAUGCAAAUCAAAACCUUUCUUACAAUUCUUACAAUAUGGAUUUUAAGCUAUUGCACAUCCCCUCUUUAAUUUUUUUCCCCCUGAAAUAUUAACUACAUUUGUUUAAGUGUAUCAUUAUGGUGUGUAAAGUAACUUUAUUUAUCUUUGCUCUAUGUCUCUAAAACAUGAAUAAUCAAUGUUGUUAUAUUUCUGAAGAUUUUAUGGCUGAAUCUAAGGGCUGGAGAGGUAUGCAGAUUUGUGAAUUUGUAAUUUGCCAUUGGCUGGUACUCUCAAUAGAUCUUUAUUUUCUACAGAGGUCUUAUGUGACGACUGUAUGCAAUACUUGCUUAUUUCUGUUGUCACAGCAAUAAACUCAUAAAAUAUUAA